UUUAAUCUGCAAGCAUCCUUGUAGUUUUGUUGUCAGCGUAUAGCUAAAAUAGGAUAAAGGACAAAUAUGUAUUUGUAUAAUUUAACAUUGCAAAAGGCCACGGGUAUUACCCAUGCUGUCCAUGGCAACUUCUCGGGUGGCAAACAGCAGGAGGUAAUUGUGUCACGUGGCAAAUCAUUGGAAUUGGUUAGGCCAGAUUCGAAUACCGGCAAAGUGCACACCAUUUUGUCUACGGAGGUAUUUGGUUGCAUUCGAUCAUUGAUGUCUUUUCGUCUAACUGGAGGCAAUAAAGAUUAUAUUGUGGUCGGUUCAGAUUCUGGACGUAUUGUUAUUCUGGAAUAUAAUCCAACUAAAAAUUGUUUGGAUAAGGUACAUCAAGAAACAUUUGGCAAAUCAGGAUGUAGACGUAUUGUACCUGGCCAAUAUUUGGCCAUUGAUCCCAAGGGUCGUGCUGUAAUGAUUGGUGCUGUGGAAAAACAAAAACUGGCAUACAUUUUGAACAGAGAUGCCCAGGCACGUUUGACAAUCUCAUCGCCCUUGGAAGCUCACAAAUCGAAUACAUUCACCUAUCACAUGGUUGGCGUGGAUGUGGGGUUUGACAAUCCCAUGUUUGCUUGUUUGGAAAUUGAUUAUGAAGAAGCUGAUAAUGAUCCAACAGGUGAAGCUGCCGAACGCACCCAACAAACAUUGACAUUCUACGAAUUGGAUCUGGGUUUGAAUCAUGUUGUACGCAAAUACUCGGAACCAUUGGAAGAACAUGCUAAUUUCCUUAUCUCAGUACCGGGUGGUAAUGAUGGUCCAUCAGGUGUUCUCAUUUGUUCGGAGAACUAUUUGACAUAUAAAAAUUUGGGUGAUCAACAUGAUAUUCGUUGUCCCAUACCUCGUCGCCGUAACGAUUUAGAUGAUCCAGAACGUGGCAUGAUAUUUAUAUGUUCGGCCACACAUCGCACCAAGAGCAUGUAUUUCUUUUUGGUACAAACCGAACAGGGUGACAUCUUUAAGGUUACUCUGGAGACGGAUGAUGAUGUGGUAUCUGAAAUUAAGUUGAAAUAUUUUGAUACGGUACCACCAGCUGUGUCGAUGUGUGUUUUGAAAACUGGUUUUCUGUUUGUCGCCUGCGAAUUUGGCAAUCAUUAUUUAUAUCAAAUUGCUCACUUGGGCGAUGAUGACGAUGAACCCGAAUUUAGCUCUGCCAUGCCAUUGGAAGAGGGAGAAACAUUCUUCUUUGCCCCCCGUCCAUUAAAAAAUCUCAUAAUGGUCGAUGAAAUGCCUUCAUUUUCACCCAUCAUAUCGUCACACGUUGCCGAUUUGGCAAAUGAAGAUACUCCGCAGUUGUAUGUUUUAUGUGGCCGUGGACCACGUUCAUCUUUGCGUGUUUUGCGUCAUGGUUUGGAAGUAUCAGAAAUGGCCGUAUCUGAACUACCCGGCAAUCCAAAUGCCGUAUGGACAGUUAAGAAACGUAUUGAUGAUGAAUUCGAUGCCUAUAUCAUUGUGUCAUUUGUAAAUGCUACGUUGGUUUUGAGUAUUGGUGAAACUGUGGAAGAAGUUACGGAUAGUGGCUUUUUGGGUACCACACCGACAUUGUGUUGUGCCUCUUUGGGAGAAGAUGCUUUGGUGCAAGUAUACCCCGAUGGUAUACGUCAUAUACGUUCCGAUAAACGUGUUAAUGAAUGGCGAGCACCUGGCAAAAAAUCCAUUACCAAAUGUGCAGUCAAUCAACGUCAGGUGGUUAUAACAUUAUCGGGGCGUGAAUUGGUCUAUUUUGAAAUGGAUGCGACUGGUGAACUGAAUGAAUAUACCGAGCGUUCAGAAAUGCCUGCUGAAAUUAUGUGUAUGGCAUUGGGCACAGUGCCUGAAGGUGAACAGAGAUCAUGGUUUUUGGCUGUUGGUUUAGCUGAUAAUACCGUACGCAUUAUAUCACUCGAUCCGAAUGAUUGUCUAACACCUUGCUCGAUGCAAGCUCUGCCAUCACCUGCUGAAUCGUUGUGUCUCGUUGAAAUGGGCCAUACCGAAAGUUCAACCAACACCAACGAUGAACCCAACGAACGCGGAAAUGUAUCGACCAAAGGCACAAUAUACCUUAAUAUUGGUUUAAGCAAUGGUGUCCUCCUGCGUACCGUAUUAGAUCCGGUGUCGGGUGAUUUGGCUGACACACGUACACGCUAUUUGGGUUCUAGGCCUGUAAAACUAUUCCGUAUACGUAUGCAGGGCUCGGAAGCUGUACUCGCCAUGUCGAGUCGUUCAUGGCUUUCUUAUUACUAUCAAAAUCGUUUCCAUUUGACGCCAUUGUCCUAUGAAACUCUGGAAUAUGCCUCCGGAUUUUCAAGUGAACAAUGUAGUGAAGGUAUUGUGGCUAUUUCCACAAACACCUUACGUAUUUUGGCUUUGGAGAAAUUGGGAGCUGUCUUCAAUCAAGUAUCAUUUGGUUUGGAAUACACGCCCAGAGCAUUUGCAAUACACCCGGAUACGGGAAGAAUGAUUGUGGCGGAAACCGAUCACAAUGCCUAUACGGAAGAAACCAAAAAUGCCCGUAAACAACAAAUGGCAGAAGAAAUGCGCAUGGCAGCCGGCGAUGAAGAACGUGAAUUGGCUAAUGAGAUGGCCAAUGCAUUUAUAAAUGAAGUUUUGCCGGAGGAUGUUUUCUCAGCUCCUAAGGCCGGUGUCGGCUUGUGGGCUUCUCAGAUAAGAGCGAUUGAUCCCAUUCAAGGACAAACUCUAUUUAAAAUACCUCUUGCCCAAAAUGAAGCUAUAAUGUCGAUGACAAUCUUGAAAUUUUCCGUAACUCAAGAUGGUCGCUACUAUCUGGCUGUCGGGAUAGCCAAGGAGUUAAUGUUAAAUCCUCGUAUUACAAAUGGUGGUUUUAUUGAUGUGUAUAAAAUUGAUCCCACCUGUUCGUCGGUAGAAUUUAUGCAUCGCACCGAACUAGAUGAAGUACCCGGAGCUUUGUGUGCCUUCCAAGGAAGGUUGUUGGCUGGUUGUGGACGUAUUCUUCGAAUCUAUGAUUAUGGUAAAAAGAAAUUGCUGCGAAAAUGUGAAAAUAAACACAUACCCUAUCAAAUUGUAAAUAUACAAGCCAUGGGACAUCGUGUCUAUGUAUCCGAUGUCCAGGAAUCAGUAUUUUUCAUACGUUACAAGAGGGCCGAAAAUCAGUUGAUUAUUUUUGCCGACGACACGCAUCCACGUUGGGUUACAUCUACCACCCUAUUGGAUUAUGAUACCAUUGCUAUUGGUGAUAAAUUUGGCAAUAUGUGCAUCCAACGUUUACCGCAUUCGGUUACCGAUGAUGUCGAUGAAGAUCCCACCGGUACAAAAUCUCUGUGGGAUCGUGGUCUGCUAUCAGGAGCAUCACAGAAAUCGGAAAACAUUUCAACAUAUCAUGUUGGCGAAAUAAUAAUGUCACUGCAAAAGGCCACCCUUAUACCGGGUGGGUCGGAAGCAUUAAUAUACACAACAUUAAGUGGUACGGUCGGGGCAUUUGUACCAUUCACCAGUCGAGAAGAUUACGAUUUCUUUCAACAUCUGGAGAUGCAUAUGCGUAAUGAGAAUCCACCACUUUGUGGAAGGGAUCAUUUAAGUUAUCGCAGUGCCUAUUAUCCGGUUAAGAAUGUUAUUGAUGGCGAUCUAUGUGAACAGUAUCUAUCCAUUGAUCCGGCUAAACAAAAGACCAUUGCUGGUGAUAUGUUCCGUACACCGAAUCAGGUGUGCAAGAAAUUGGAAGACAUUAGAACGCGUUAUGCUUUCUAAAGAGA